AUGACCAAAGUAGUCUACUUCGGAGUUGAUUCCUUCAGCGUGCGAUGUCUGCGCCGUAUACUUGGGUGUGGCGGCAUGGAGUCUCUGGACAUAGUCACCAAGAGUGCCAAACCUGCAGGCAGGUAUAGAAAAGCACUCCAAGAGACGCCAAUUGCAGAGUUUGCCCUCGACAAGCAGUUGCCAUUGCAUAGGGCCGAUACGGGAGAUGAUAUAGUAGGAUUGCUGGCCAAAACCCCUUUUGAUCUUUGCAUCGCCGUUUCCUAUGGAAAGCUGAUACCUGGAAAAUUUCUUGACCAAUUGCGGUACGGAGGAAUAAACGUUCAUCCUUCGUUAUUGCCGCGAUACUCAGGACCUGCUCCCCUUCACCGGGCGUUGUUGAAUGGAGAUAAUGUUACUGGUUGUACAAUUCAAACACUGCAUCCAACCGAGUUCGAUAGAGGCCAUCUGAUAGCGCAGCAGAAAUAUACUCUUGCACCUUCGGAGACCGUGCCCAGUCUUUCCGAUAAGUUGGCAGAUCUGGGUGGCGAUAUGUUAAAGAACUUGCUGGAAAGUGGGAUAUACAAGGAUCCGUCCCAAUGGCUGGGGAAAUCCGGCUACGAGUUCUCCCACGCACCUAAGGUGGAGCCUUUCGAGAAGGAGAUAUUAUGGACCGAAUUGUCUUCUGAUGAGAUCCUUAGAAAGUUUCACAUUCUGGGUGCUUUGUACUCAUACAAGAGGAUCUAUGAUAAAAAAAAGAAGGAGUUUGGGUUUAGGAGAGUCGUUUUAACUGGUCUGGCCAAGCCUGCUGUUGAACUCAACGCCUUCACCGACUCUGACAGUCCAGGCACCUUUAAGUAUGUUGAGAGCAAACUUCACGUUAAGACACUUGACUCGAGUCUGGAAGUGUUACAUCUGACUUUUCAAGGUGAGCCAAAUGAGAUGCCUGGAAAGUUUAUGACUAGUCUGGCGAAGCGGACUCGUGAUGCAGACCAUAAUGUUUUUGAGCAUGACCCUACGGAACGUUCAAAAAACAAAAUUUAA